CCAGCGACGAACCUAGUCUUUAUCAUGAUUGUACUUGUAUAGGAGGGAUGGAGCAGAUAUUCUUUCGCAUGCAUGUUCGCGUGAGUCGGACCUUGUCGAGGCUGGCCGGCGGUAAGGUACGUCGUGCGACAGUCCGACGCUGAUACGGGCCUUGACGACGCGUACAUGCGUAGACGCGUAUCGCCGUGGAAACCGCAUUGUUCACGACUGCAAUGGGACUCUUGGCGACCUUGGUCGUACUGCAUCUCAAUUUCGUCAGGUAUGUUGACCGAGCAGGACCUGGUGAUUGAUGAUCGCGUUGUUGUAGUCCACGGGGUCAGUAUGGGUGCCUUGGGCAGUAUAUGCCGCCGACUCUCCCGCCGCUCAUGCGUGUGGCCAUCGAGUCCGAUCCAUCUUCGUGGAUACACCCUGUCGUACGUAACACAUCAUCGUCUUCGUGGCUCAAUGUAUCUCAGGGAUGGCUUCGUCAUCGAGUGCCAGCCAAACCGAAUCGCAACGCGUUCGUGUUUGCCGCCCACAAGGGCCUACUGACGCUGCUCGAGUUCCCCGAGGCGACCACCAGCACGAACCUGUCGCUGGUGGACGUGACGAUUCCCAGUUCCAGCGCAUGCUUUGGCCUCAAGCACAUGUUCGAGCACUCGCCCGCGUGGUCGUUCUUCCUCGACAAGGUCGUCGGGUACGACACGAUUGUGAUCAACCAGAUGGUGCACAUCGCGAACGGCCGCGGGUUUCUGCGCCAUGAACUGUCGAAAGACGUGUACAACCUCAACUUUGCCACGGAAUUCCACGCCACCACCGCCACGUUGCACUCGCGCAUGGCGUUCAAACUCGGGGUCUUGUGCACGACGCUGUUCCUCUUCUUCAGCACCACCACGCUCGUGUCGUUUAUACUCCGCGAGACGCAGCAGCGCAUGCUCCGAUUUACAUUGUCACUGCAACACCACAUUCGCCACCGCAUGCCGUACAUCAAGCUCGUGUUCAGCCACAUCAUUGAAUCCCUCGUGUUUGUUCCCAUCAUGGUGGGCAUGCUGUUCUUCUUGUUCGAGUUCUUCAAGGACCGACUGCUUGCGUUCAUGGUCAUGUCCGUCGUCUGGUUGUGCGAGCUGUAUUCGGUCAUCUGUGUGCGCACGUGGCUGUCGCUGACGUUCUUUCCGCCCGUGUUUUUGAGUUUAUUUGCGCUGUUUCACGUGUACUUUUUCUGCUUUCCGUUUGGGUUUUCAUACGUGGCGCUGUGGACGACCGUGGCGUUCCUAUCGCAUCAAAUGCUGCUGUUCCUGAAUCGAUUUGAGCUCCCGGCCCUGCGCGACGGCGUCGUGUCGGCGCAAUGGCCGCGCCAGUUUGUCGUCGCCUCCUCCACUGUCGAGUCGGCCUAACCCACGACACCACGACUGCCAGCUGGUGACUUUUCAUUAUUCUUCAUAACACGAAGCCCAUUGGAUUUGCGGUGGGCGGCACAGCCACGAGGUGGUCCCAUGCCUCGUGGACCAGCUCCAUGAUGACAGCAGUCGAGGACUUGUCUGUAUCGUGCACGAGGGCAUACAGCUCGUACGUAGCGUACCGAUGGCUACAGUCACAAAAUCAGUUGCAUGGUGGGGAGUGUAAAUAUAUAUAUAUAGCCACUACCC